AUGGGGCGCUCAGACUGUGUUCAUUCGCUCUCUGCGUUGGCUCGUGGAACCUCUAACUGUACAUCCUGGCUUUCAAAAGUAGAAGAUGUCCAAGUCGGCGGUGUCCAUCUCCUUCUUUGUGCUGUUGUUUUGCCUGGAGUGGAGCAGUUCCCAGUUCGCGACUUCAUCCUCAUGACUUCCUCCGUGAGCUACCUUUUCACCAACACUUUGGAAGACAGCCCGCAGCUCUGCAAACUCAUCUUCCUGAACAACGCCAUCCGGAGCGUCCAUUCCCAAGCCUUCGAAGACCUCGUCCAGCUUCAGGAUCUGGAGAUCAGCGGGAACCCUUGGCUGGAGCAUUUGUACCUGGGGACCUUCUCCAAGCAGCACAAUUUAACUAAUCUAAUGCUCAACUACAACCGCUUAAAGACGGCCAACAAUCUAAGCUCGAUCCAACCCAAGCUUUUCGAAGAUCAAGCCCUAAUCGAGCAGCUAAACCUCUCGGACAACCGGCUUCAAACUCUUCCAGAAGGACUAAUGGACACUUUCUCGGUGCAGCAUAUGUUGAGGCUGCACGGAAACCCUUGGAAGUGCGACUGCGGCCUGUGGUACCUUCACGACUGGGUUCUGCGAAACGGACAGAACGUUGAGAUGCUGGACAGGACGCUGUGUGAAAGUCCUGCGUUUCUAAAUCGGCGUUCAAUGGACUCCGUGGAGAGGGAGCAGCUGGUUUGUCACAUGGGCAAAGACCAUUCUGUGGACGUCAGGAACUGUCUGAUGCAGGUUUCCGGCGAUGCGGUGAUCAUCAAGUGUAAAGUAGAGACGUGUUUGCCUUUAGCAGUGAAGGUUCAGCUCCAAGACGAACUGGGGAAUGUCAAAGAGCACGUGGUGAGGAAUGAAUGGACAGACAGUGCGCAGUGUAGCAAUAUGACCUUAGAAUAG